AUGGAUCUACUGAAGACUAAAUUUGAAGAGGCAAAGAGUACUCUUGAUAAGUUACACCAAAAAAAUCCUCUCCUCGUUUAUACCUUUGCCAUGAUUGGAGCAGGCUAUUGUGGGUUUAAGUUACUUAAAGAUAUAAGAGGUAUGCUUAGAUACACGGUUAGGCCAGCUUAUGAUCUCAAGAAAAGAUAUGGAACUAACUGGUGAGUAAUUACUGGGGCUACUGACGGAAUUGGUAAAGGAUUUGCAUUUGAACUUGCCAAGAGAGGAAUGAAUGUUGUCUUAGUGGGAAGAAACCAACAGAAGCUUGAUGAUGUUUACACCCAAAUCAAGAAUCUUUAUAAAGAUGUAGAUAUUAAGAAAGUCAUUUUUGAUUUCAACAAGUACUACACUGAUGAUGUUAUACAGGAUCUUACUGAGAAAUUUGAAGAUAUUGAGAAGUGUUCUAUUCUUGUCAAUAACGUUGGAGUUGCUAGUGCAUACAAUCAUGGGGAUAUGGAAGAUCAGAAAACACAUAACAUGAUCAAUGUUAACAUCACUGCUAACACAGUGAUGACAAAGAUUUUCAUUCCAAAGUUGCUAGCAAACGAUCAAAGAGCAGCAAUGAUAAAUAUUGGAAGUUUUAUAUACAACGUCCCUAAACCAACAUUGGCUGUGUAUAGCGCAUCUAAAGCUUACAUCCAUCAAUUCUCCACUUCUCUAGCUGAAGAAUACAAAUCUAAAAUUGAUGUAAUAGUUUCAAACACCGGAUAUGUCAAGAGCAACAUGAACAGUGGAAGAUACAUGUUUACGAUAACUCCAGACCAACAUGCUAGAGGAGUGCUUGAUAAGCUAGGCUAUGACACUGAGACUUGUGGGCACUACAUCCACGCUAUCCAUCAGUACUACCUUGAAAGACCAAUCGAAGGGGCUAUUAUCACCUAUAUUAACAACCAGAGGAGGAAGAAGUUCCUGCAGGAAAGAGACCAGGCUGAUAAAGAGGUUGAAAGCAAGAAGAAGUCAUUAGAAGAGACUAAGGACCCCAGAUAG